CAGAGCUCACUCAGCGUGGGAGACUCCCUGACCCCAGAAAGGCUGGGAAGCCGUCAACAGGCGGAACAGGAGCUUCAUCAAACGGUGGAGCGGUGAUGCUGAGCGGGGAAAAAAAAAACACCAAAAACCAAAACAAACAAACAAAAAACUUACAACUAUAACCUACGCUAAGCUUUCUCUUAAAUCUUCUCAAACCGAAUGUCUAUGGCCCACCCCAACGUACAGUCCCUCUGCGGGGUGAAACUUUCUUUACACUUCUGCUUAGGUUUGCAGUUGCUGAGGAGAGCGGGGCGCUGGGAACGGAGGCGAUUCCUGAAUAGAAGCGAUUACAAGGAGAGGAAAGCGGUGAGGGGAGAAGACCUAAUGGUUGCUCCGGGCAUCCGGUUUCCGCCUGCAGUCGGCUUCCGGAAGCUCCUCUCAAAAUGCUGAACUGCUCUUUGGAAGUCGCCGGUGCUGUAGCAGUUGGAGUCUGUUCUCGGGCCUGAGCCUCGAGGCUAGGCUCCUGGGUGUCGUUAAUGUUCGGGGCCACCGGGCGCCAACCGAUCGGAUCUCCAGCCGCCGGGAACAGCUGGCAUUUCAGCAGAACCAUGGAAGAACUGGUUCAUGAUCUUGUCUCAGCAUUGGAGGAGAGCUCAGAGCAAGCCCGAGGUGGAUUUGCUGAAACAGGAGAUCAUUCUCGAAGUAUUUCUUGCCCUCUGAAACGCCAGGCAAGGAAAAGGAGAGGUAGAAAGCGGAGGUCUUACAAUGUUCAUCACUCGUGGGAGACUGGUCACUGUUUAAGUGAAGGCUCUGAUUCUAGUGUAGAAGAACCGAGCAAGGACUAUAGAGAUAAUCACAAUAAUAAUAAAAAAGAUCAUAGUGACUCUGAUGACCAGAUGUUAGUGGCAAAGCGCAGACCAUCAUCAAACCUAAAUAAUAAUGUUCGAGGGAAAAGACCUCUGUGGCAUGAGUCCGAUUUUGCUGUGGACAACCUUGGAAACAGAACUCUUCGCAGGAGGAGAAAGGUAAAACGCAUGGCAGUAGAUGUCCCACAGGACAUCUCUAACAAACGGACAAUGACCCAGCCCCCUGAAGGUUGCAGAGAUCAAGACAUGGACAAUGAUAGAGCUUACCAGUAUCAAGAAUUCACCAAGAACAAAGUCAAAAAAAGGAAGUUGAAAAUAAUUAGACAAGGACCAAAAAACCAAGAUGAAGGAGUGGUUUUAGAAAAUGAGGAAAUAAGCCAGACCAAUAAGGACAAAAUGGAAUAUGAAGAACAAAAAGUCUCAGAUGAGCUCAUGAGUGAAAGUGAUUCCAGCAGUCUCAGCAGCACUGAUGCUGGUUUAUUUACCAAUGAUGAGGGAAGACAAGGUGAUGAUGAGCAGAGUGACUGGUUCUAUGAAAAGGAGUCAGGGGGAGCAUGUGGCAUCACUGGAGUCAUUCCCUGGUGGGAAAAGGAAGAUCCUGCAGAACUAGAUAAAAAUUUACCAGAUCCCGUCUUUGAAAGUAUCUUAACUGGUUCUUUCCCCCUUAUGUCGCAUUCAAGCCGAAGAGGUUUCCAGGCUAGACUCAGUCGCCUUCAUGGAAUGCCUUCAAAGAAUAUGAAAAAAUCUGGAGGGACUCCAUCUUCAACGGUGCCCAGUACUGGCCCAGUCAAUAACAAGAGAAUGGUUCACUUUUCCCCAGAUUCCCACCACCAUGACCAUUGGUUUAGCCCUGGGGCUAGGACAGAGCUUGGCCAGCACCAGCUUCUGAGAGAUAACCGAGCCGAAAGAGGACACAAGAAAAACUGUUCUGUGAAAACAGCCAGCAGGCAAACAAGCAUGCAUUUAGGAUCCUUAUGCACGGGAGAUAUCAAACGGAGGAGAAAAGCUGCACCUUUGCCUGGACCUACUGCAGCAGGACUUGUGGGUGAAAAUGCCCAGCCAAUCCUAGAAAACAACAUUGGAAACCGAAUGCUUCAGAAUAUGGGCUGGAUGCCUGGAUCAGGCCUUGGACGAGACGGCAAAGGGAUCUCUGAGCCCAUUCAGGCCAUGCAGAGGCCAAAAGGCUUAGGACUUGGAUUUCCUCUACCAAAAAACACUCCUGUAACUACGACCCCCAAUUCAGGGAAAUCCACCUAAGAAGAAAGGCAAAGAAGAAAUGCUGUACACUUGUUAUUCAUUAGAUCCUGUUGUCCUUAAAUUACAACAUACUUCUGUUUUUGAAGCAGAAGUCUGCAUUUCCUCAAUAUUGUCACUCUAGCUUCCUAACUGCACACAGUACUGCCACAGUGUUAGAACUGGGAUUUCAUCACAAUUCAUGGUGCUAAAGUGAAAACCUCUCCCCUUACUUCUUUUUUUUUUUUUUUUUUGGAGUUAUUUCUUGGUAUAAAGAGCUGCUCAUUUCUCUUAUUUAUUUUGAUCUCAUCUUUCAGUACCCUCUAAUGCUUUGCUUGAUUCGUGCAUGAGUGUGAUGCAGGCAAGUGUGAGCACAUCCACAGUUUUCUAAAAUGGAGCCGGCCUGAAAGGAUUAUGUUUCAUAGCCUCAUUACCUGUAGUAACCCAAAAACCCUAUUAUCCCAUCAGUGAAGUCCUAAGCAAAUCUUUGUUCGAAAGGCUUGACAAUUUUCAUAUCCCUUGAAUUUGGUUUUCUCGUAAGGAUUUUUUUCCAGUAUUUUACCCAUUAAUUUUCUAUCUUUGGACAAUGUAGGAUGAAGUUCACAGUUGAUAAGCAGCAAUUAAUAUUUCCCUCAGACAUUUUGACAAAGUAAACCUCUUCAUUGUUAUCACCACAGUGCCCUCAACAUUAAUGCAGAUAAUAUAAAUUUUACCUCAUUUAGAACAUAAGAUAGUUAUCUAAAUGUAUAAAUACAUUUAUAAAAAAUGUAUUUUUUAAAUUCACCAUUACUAAACUGUAAACUCUAUUAAUCCAGACUUACUUCUACCUCUUUCUUCCCAAAGUUGUUAUUUUUUUAAGAUCAACUCAAAUGCAUUAAACUGAGUUUUGAUUUUAAUCAUUGGACUGAGUUGUUAGAAUAUUGAAUAAAUUCAUUUGAAGAUUUGAAAAUGACUCUCUCAAGAAUUCAAAUUUCUCACAAUGGCCCAACCCACUUAAGAGAUGAACAGAGGGAGUGCACAGCACUAAUUUGCGCUUAAUGAGAUGUAAGCUAUUCCUCUAAAACGAAGCAAAACAAGUCCUGAUCAUCAUGUGCCAAAGACUGAGUGAUUGCUGGAUCAGUUACUUCCUGUCAGAAAUUCUAAAUUGCUCUUGGUUUAGAUGAAGUGAUUUGUUAUCUUCAUUACCAAGAAUUUCAUUAUUAAUAACUAUUAACAGUAACAGUUGUAUUUAUAGUGACCUAUGUUGGUUGGGUAAAGAUUGAGAUUACUUAUGUAAUAAUAUCACAUCAUUCUCGUGGGUUUUUUGAAUUUUGUUAAUCCCCAAAAGAAUUCUUACAAGGUAGUAAAGGAAGUUUAUACAUUUAAUAAACGUUUCUCAGGUGGUCCCUAAAUAAAUGACUGCCAACUAGGGAGGGGGAAGUUUGAAUUUGAAACAAUUUGAAGCUUUGAUGGUUUGCCAAAUGUACACAUUUGUUGUAAGAAUUAUUUUCUUUUCUGGAGGUAUGGUUAUAAGAGGAAAGCUUGGUUAAGGGACUGUAGAAUAGCAGAUGAGUUGCUUUUUUGAAGCAUUCCUAUGGGAUAAAGUAACCCUGUGGUAACCGUAUUAUGUGAUUAAUUUUUUUCAAGCUUGUCACUUAGAAAAUUGCCAUUUUUAAUGAUUUUUUAAAUGUUCUGUCUAUGAAGAGGGGGGAAGAGGGGAGAUUAUAUUCCAAUUUUAAAAUUUCUUUAUGAUAAUGUAUUGUGUUCUAAGAUCUAUUCAAAAGCUUCAUUUUGUUUUUGUUUUUGUUUUUGUUUUUGUUUUUGUUUUUGUUUUUUUUAAUUCCAAAGCCUGAAGUUCUUCUAAAUUCCUAGAAUUUCAAAAAGUCAAAUGCUGAGCAACUGGUAACAAAUGAUGAUACCAUUGUGAGACUGUUUUAAGACUCCCAAGGAUGUGGCAAUUCUUUUCACUCCAUCAUGUCCAAUGAAUGUAAAACUUGCAUAGUGAAGAAAAGCAUUGCAUUUCCCAAGCUAUUAUGGGGGAACUCCUUAAUGAAAUAUUCAGUCUUUAUGAAGGGUUUUUUUUGAUUGCCUUUAUGGAUGGCUGUGAUUUGAAUGCAUAGAUUUUAUAACUCAUAUUGUAGUAUGAGUUAAGCCAAAGUUAAAAUGCAACCCCUCUAAAGAGUUUACUUGGCUUCUCUAACACACCCCAAAAUUCAUCUUCAUAUUUUCUGCAAAAAAAAAAAAAAUUUCUUAAUCUUGACACCAGGAGCCUACAAUGUGGCUUACCAGAGAACUUAAAAUAUUUUGUAUUCCUUUUAUGUGUUAAACUCUACAGAAUAUAUGAAGCAACACUUAGAGAAGUGACAACAUCCCAAGCUUCCCCCAUACUUCUUAGAGAUAUGCCUUCACAUUCAGCCAUUAAGAAAAAUCAGUGCCAACCUGAUGUUCUGGUUGUUCCUAAACUUAAUUGAAGAAAUACACACUCACAAUUAAAAUAAAGAAUGUUUAAUGUAAAUCAAAUGUCCUUUUAGAUAUGAAGCCUACAGAGUUAUUAUUUACAUAUCGUUAUAGUUAAUAUUGCCAUCUAUUGCACCCUUAGAGCCCAAAGUAUCCAAUGGAGCUCAUGAUUUAGAAUAUCUCAUUUAUUCACAUGUCCUAAAAAAGGUGUGAGGCAGUUCCUCUGCUCUCUUAUAAAGCUACUCUUCUAUUCCGCGGUAUCUCGUAUCUCACAUCAAACCCACUGGUUAUGCUAUAUUUUUUGAGAGUGCAUAGGUCUCUUCCCUUACUAUCCAAAUUAUCCAUUCCUGCGAUACCUUAGAGAGGCUGAGCAUGACUACUUUAGCAAUUUGACUUUUUUUUUUUUAUGUAGUUGUUGUGCUUGAUAUUGAUUAGGCUGUUUGCUUUAGUCGUUUCCUUCCUUCCUUCUCCCCAAAUACAAUUUUUAAGGUUACAUUCCCCUCAGGUUUGUUUGCCUUUAUUUCUAAAUGGUAUGGCAGCUCUUUAGAAGGAGAUUCAGUGCUAACUAAAAGUUGCCAAUUAAUGGUAUCAGUGAUUUGAAUGCAUAGAUUUUAUAACUCAUGUGUAGUAUGAGUUAAGCUGAAGUUAAGACAAUGGGUUAAAGAUAUGCAUAAUGUGUACAUAGAGGGGUAUCUUCUGUGCACAUAUGUCUACCAUGUACAGUCAUGAUUGCAAAAUAUUGCAUUUUAUGAACAUUUAUUUUAACCUUUCAAAUUGUUAUUCUUGUAAUUAAUUGAACUGACAAUUGCUUCUCUUCAGUACGUUUCAUUUUAAGCAGAUAGCAAAGAGAAAAAUCACUGGUGACAUGCUUUUUAAAAUCAUUUUCACCUGUAUUUUGUCUUUCAAAGAGAAAAGUGAUCUAAAUUGGUAUUGUAAAAUGAAGUUGUUAGCAAAGAAUAUUUUGGAUUUUUCUCUAGUUUUUUUCUUUUGGUAGUAAACAAUUAUUAACAGUACAACACAUAAUGAAAGAAUAAAGCAAUGUUUGAGAGUGUAA